CUUGUUCUAGAAAAUGGUAGACAAAGAGAGGAAAAAGCCAGUUAUUCAUAUAAUAUGCGGGGAAAUUGAUGGACAACAUUUUGAUCUUCAAAAUAUGAACUUUUUUUACUUUUUGAGAAUAAACGAAGAAGCAGUUCCACCUUUUGAAACGUACGAGGAAUGUCUCGAUCACAUGCCAACUAAUUUGAUCGUCGGAUCUAUCAAUGGACACUUUUUAGCAUCUUUGAAUACAUUGCUUGUCCAAGUAUUCAAACCUUUAGUUAAUAAACAGUUUCGAGGCCCUUAUUUUGGAAAAUAUUAUAAAAUUGAAGAGUCUAAUGAAGUAGUAGCUGCCUCGGAUAUAGUAAAAGCAUCGUCUACCCUAGCUGAGAUUGCUGAAUCUAAGGUUUAUACGAUACACAUGUUACACAUCAACGACACAAUGUACAAGGUGUGACUCAUGUCAUUUGAAUAAGUU